AUGCCACCACAGAUGCCUUCAUGGUGGCGGAGGUCAGCGCACAGAUCUUUAAUACCAGUCCCAAAGUGGCUGCUUGGCCUGCUGUGUAUAGCAGCGACGCUGCCCUCGGCUGUGACGUUUCUCUGCAGGCCCGCCGUCAUUGGGUCGGAUGCCGGUAGAAGCAGUGGCCGCACACAGCUUGCAGCGACUGCGGCUCCCAUUGCAAGGAGAAAGAAAGGUUCAGCACUUGUGAAGCGAAUACCGCCGCCUUCCGUGAAAGUCACCAAGCUGGCGAAAGGUGAGAGAUAUAGAGGGUACAUCAAUCCGAAACUCAAAGCUCUAGUUGCAGCACCCGAGUACCGGAAGGUCGUGGAUCUGUUGUUCAAGUUGGAAAACGAGAACAAGCUCGACAUUCUUCUCGCGAACGCUCAGGACUAUUGGCUGGGCCUCAACAUCUACGAGGCCUCCAGGUUGGAGCGGGAGCAGGGACGCAAAGCUGUCUCGAAGAUCAUUCGAAGAGACUGGUCCAGGAUCUGGCCAAAGGAGUUAGAAGACUCCAGGCUGGAAGCCUAUGAUCUCUUCAGCGCAUUUUGGCGGAGAGUUGAGCAGAGCCAGAUCAUUGACACGAUGAUCGGCGAAGUUCUCCCAGAUCUAAAGCGGGGCUAUGACAGUGUCAUGGAUCGCGAGGGUCAAGACAGGCUCCUGUCACUGUCGGAAACAGGACGAUUGGAGGAGUUCCAAAGCCGCUUCAACGACUCCACGACAGCUGACCAGUAUCGCAUCCUCGCCGAGAACGACACCGCCAUACCUGUGCUGUCCGAAAAGUUGCUACCUUUCUUCGUUCGGGGGAUGGACGACUUCGAGUACAAGAUUGCCAACACUCCGGUAGCGUUGCCGGGCUGGGCAGAUAUCAUUGUUGGCUCCGUCGUGGUCCUGGGCUUCGUUCUUGUUUUAGCACUGAGUGGGGAGCUCCAGCUUCCAUCCAUGGACGAGCAGUUCACGCUUGAGCGCUCUGCGCCAAAAAAGAUCAUCGUGCCGGUCAUACCAAAUGGACCCGGAGCGCAACCCGGGCUGGCCAAAACUGCGGUGCAGACAACGGCGUAG